AUGGCAUGGAAUAGGAAUUCUUUGAAAGGUCUAUCCGAGCGCAGAUCUACUAAAUCAAGAUCUAAUAAAUCACCGACUGACGGGGACAUGGAGGAAAAUAUUGGAAAGAUCGCAACCUUAAAACCCAAAGACUGGAAAAAGGUCUCUGUGAAGCAUAGAGAGAAGCUUGAACUGCUUUCAAAAUCCUGGAGCAUUGGAAACCUAAUUGCUAAUCCGGAAUUGAUAACAGUAAUAAGUAAUAACGGCGUAUGUUUUAAAAAAGAGUUCUCAAUAGGCAAAGGCAGUUCUGGCACGGAUGUGUAUGUUUGCUUGGGAUCUGACGGGAUAGAACGAGCGAUAAAACGUUUGCCAAAAGUCUUGUGUAAUUUAUUAAAGAAUGAACGAGAUAUCUUGAGGUCUCGGAAUGCAGUCGCGUCGCCACGAGUUGUAAAUUAUUGGUUUUACGAUGAUACUUCUAGCCCUAACCACGCUUAUAUGAUUUUGAAUUUGUAUGAACAAAAUCUUGAAGAAUUCGUCAAGGAGGAAGAUAAAAAGAUAACAGAAUCUCGUGCUAGAAAGAUGAUACGUCAAGUGUUGGAAGGGCUGAAAGCAUUACAUUCUAGAGAGCCUAGAAUUUUACACAGAGACUUGAAGCCGACCAAUAUACUUGUUGAUGUGAAUGGUGAUUUAGUGCUGUCGGAUUUUGGUAUUGGACGAUUUUUCCCGGGACCAG